GAAGUGAACAUGUAUCGCAGGACGAGUGGCAGUUCAUCUCGCAGAUGACAAUGUUCAAGAUCCAUACAAGGUUUUUGGCCUCCAAAAGCCUGAAAUACGGUCAACGGCUUCGUCCUCCAUCGCCGAAGCCGAACAACACAGCAUGACCGUUCCUCACUUCCGUUGAAGGACUUUAAGAGUCGAAGCCCUUGAUUUCUUCCAGGGUUGGAACCAUUUGGCCGCAGAAUGAGAGAAGACUCAGCACGAUAUCCUCAGUAUGUCUCACGGGACACGAUCAACAGCGGCUAUUCUGGCCCGCCGCGACGACGAUUAUGCCAUUCCACGGCUUCAUCGCGAAUCCUGCAAACUACAAUCAGCUAGAAGUCCGCAGUAUCGUCACCCCUGGCGUCAAAACCAUGUACCAAGGUGCCACACUGGAGGACUGGCAGAUUGGAGACCCUAUCUAUGAAGAUAGUCGCAGUGGCACGAUCGUGCUUGCAGUGACCGACACUGACAGCCCCGCGUUGUUGGCAGGCAAGCAUGUUCCAGCGGAGAAAGGCAAGCGGGAGGUUGCGAUCUACAAAGCCCUCGAGAAAAUGAAGGUUCCAACGACAUACCGAACCGUGCUUCGAGACUCUAUGGAACUUCCCGGCGACAACAAGGGCAAAAUGAUCUUGUUCGUCCAUCCAGAGGCGUCGGAACUUUGGAGUCAGACGUCGUUCAGACUAUGACCAAACACGAGAGGAAAGGACUAAGGCAUCAAUACGUCCUUGCCAAUGCCGCCAUGCGCAAGCCAGGCUUUAUCAACAGCGAUAUCCAACGUACCCGGGAACUCGCGAAAAGUGUACAAAGCGGUCUGGUGUGACGUCGACAUGGCUCGCAGCAACUCCACCGGUGGACCAGAGACGAACGACCGACUUAGAACGACCCUGAAGUGGGGCACUACCGCCUAUCACGCCCCAGAAAUGGGCGCAGUCAGUGGCUGGUACAACGGCCGGCAAGCCGAUGUGUUCGCGAUUGGAGUGUGUUGUCACUUCCUCUAGGAGGGGAAGUGGAUCUUAACGCAACCGUUCGACGACAAGACUUUGUCUUACUCACCAUUCGUCCAAGUCAACGAGAAGGGCAUGACAACGGACGGCAACCAGUUUGCGCAAGGCGCAAACAGCGUGGCCAACUUCAGAGCCAGACGCCAGAAGGCGUUGAAGCAGCUGGAAACCCUUCGAUCGGACCUCGCCGGGACUGACUGUCCUAUGCG